UGUAUAUAAUCUGAUUUGUCCUGCGGCACAUGACCAUUUCUCUGCUAUACAUUAUUUUCUGCUAUUUCUUGCCAGCCGGAUUGAAUGCACCUUACGGAUGAUGUCUCUUGUUUCUGCUGAGCGUGAUGCUGGGACGCGUACAGCAACUGGUUCAUGGCAUGUUAUUCGAUUCGACUCAGCGAGCUCCGAAGCUAUGCUUCGGUAUACCUAUUACAGCCUCCGCGAGCUAGACUAUUUCGUUUUCUCGUUUCCUUUCGUCUCACCCGCCAUUCAAGCCACUUGGGGCCCUGCGUAAUCUUGGAAGAGAGAUAUCCUUCCGUCUUCUUCUUGUUACCAUUUUCCAUGCACAAGGACCCAGCUCUUCUCCUGCACAAUUCGUCGUUGCGGCUGUUGUGUUCAGUCUUGAUGCUGCUUGACACAUACUUUGGUUGGGAUUUUGCCUCUCGAGUUGUCUCUUUCGUUUAUCCCAUGUGCGCUGAUCCUCUUUUUGUGACUUAUCCUUCCACGGUCUCAUGUGAUUUCCUUUGUCGUUUGCCAAUUUUAAUAUGUACGGUACAUAGCCUUGGUCAGAGAAAUGAGAUGUUCACAAGUGUAUGCUCUAGCAAGGUAUAUACCGCACCAGCACUGUAUGGUUUUGAGUUUUCUCGUAAAUACACUACAAUGUGAAUUAGAGAAGCAAAAAUAGAAUUCAUUCCAGAACGUGGUUCUUAUUGCGAAAAAAAUUCCUCCCCGACAGGGAGUCGAACCCUGGUCUCCCGCGCUCGUUC